CGGGGACUUGUAUUCAGUAGAACUGGUCUGAGUUGACUAAGUAGAACGACCCCCGGCUGUAUAAAAGAGCUGAGGACUCCCAGCUCUCAGAGUAAGCCAGCCAGCAGAAUCAGUCCCACGUCCGUUACUGAACUGUCAACAUGGAGGAAAUCAAGUCCAAGUUUGAGGGAAACUGGGAGUGCAUCAAGAAGGAGAAUGUGGAGGGAUUUCUAGAGGCAUUAGGCAUCAACGUCAUCAAACGCAAGGCCGCUGCCCAGUUCAACCCCAAACUGUUGAUCAGCGUGGGGAACGGGUGUGUGAAGGUGGUCAGGAAGAUGCCCAUCAAAGAAAUCACCAACGAGUUCAAGCUGGACGAUGAAAUCGACGUCAACGACGACGACCACAAAUACAAGGCUAAACUGACAUAUUCCGACGGAAAGAUGACGCUUUGUCUGCGGGCCGUGGAUGGUAAAUCUAAAGAUAACACAAUAGUGAGGGAGAUAGAGGGGGACAAUCUCGUACAGACAGCAACAUGCAAUGGCGUCACGGCUAAAACGACCUUCAAGAAAUGUUAAUACCAGUAUUCAUUAUCAGAUGUGUCCAUUUUUUAUGUGUUCAAUGUAUGAAUUGUUUAUCAUGUUUUGAGAGCCUUUUUACAUAAUAAAAAAUAAUAUUUUG